AUGACAGCAGUUCCAUUUAAGGGUUUCCCUGUACCACAAGUUGUUCUUAUGUGUAAUGGAGAACCUGUGAAUGAAGAAAUUAAGUUGAAACCUGUUGUUAAGGGAAAUAUUGUCGAAUUACAGUUAGAGGAUGCUGCUAGAGCUGACAGUGGAAAAUAUGAAUUGAAAUUGAAAAAUGAACUUGGUGAAGCUUCAGUACCACUUGAACUUAAUAUCCUUGAUCGCCCUGGAAAACCACGUGGUCCGUUAUUGUUAACUAGCUUAUCAGCUAAAAAAUGUGUACUUGAGUGGGAUCCACCUGAAGAUGAUGGCGGUUCACCAAUCAAACAUUAUGUUGUUGAAAAGAUGGAUGUUUCUGAUGGUAAUUGGAAACUGGUCAAAAAUGCUAAAGCGCCUCAAUGUGAAGUCGAAUUGGAAGAAGGCCAUAAAUAUAAAUUUCGUGUACGUGCUGUUAAUAACGAAGGUGAAAGUGAAAAUUUAGAAGUUGAUAAGGAGGUCCUAGCCCGUGAUGUUUGUGAUCCACCGGAUGCACCGACUGGACUAGAGAUUGAAGAUUAUGAUCGUGAUCAUGCGAAAUUAAAGUGGCUUCCACCAAGACGUGACAAUGGUGCACCUGUAUUAAAAUAUAUCCUUGAAGCUAAAGCAAAAAGUAAAAAUAAGUGGGAAACGGUAAAAGAGGUUUCUGAUCCAGCAGCUAAAGUUGAUCUAAAAGAAGGUGAAGAAUAUGAAUUCCGUGUAACUGCAGUCAAUAAAGCCGGUAAAUCAGAACCAAGUGAAGUUAGCAAACCACUUAUAGCCAAACCACGUUUCUUGAAACCAUUCAUCAUUAAAACUGGUUUAAAACCAAUAAAAGUAAAAGUCGGUGAAGUUGUUCAAUUAAAGCUUGAUUUUCGCGGUGAACCAGAUCCUGUAGCAGUUUGGUCAAAAGAAUCAACUCCCCUUGAGUCAACACCAGAAAUUGAAUUGACUUUUGAACCACGAUCAGCGUCUCUUAAAAUUUUAUCAGCUCAGCGUAAGGAUACUGCUUUGUAUACUUUGAGAGUAAGUAACGAAGUUGGAGAGGAUCAGGCAAGCAUUGAAGUUGUUGCACUUGGUAAACCAUCUCGUCCAGUUCCACCAAUGGAAAUUACAGAAGUCACCAAAAAUUCUGCUCAGUUAAGCUGGAAAAAACCGGAGGAUGAUGGUGGUACACCGAUCACGCACUAUAAAGUUGAAAAAAUGAACAUGAACAAAGGCCGAUGGGAACCUGUAGCUGAAGUAACUAAAGGAUUAACAGCAACUGUGAAUAAAUUAGAAGAAGGUCAACCAUAUAAAUUCCGUAUAAUUGCUGUUUCAAGUCAAGGAGAAAGUGAACCACUUGAAUGUGAUACUGAAAUAACUGCUAAAAAUCCAUUUGAAAGACCUGGUCCACCAGAGAAACCAAAGAUUGCUGACUAUGAUCGCACUCACAUAGAUAUAAAAUGGGAACCACCUGAAGAUGAUGGAGGUGCACCUAUAAAAGGCUAUCAUGUUGAGCGCAGAGAGCCAAGGUCGCAACGCUGGAUGCGUUUGACACGUGUUCCUCAACAGGAACUUACAUAUUCUGAUUCCGGAGUUCGUGAAGGAAAAGAAUACGAAUAUCGUGUGAUAGCGAUGAAUGAAGGUGGCUUAAGUGAUCCAAGUCCUCCGACUGAUUUACAAUUUGCUAAGGCUAGUCGAGAACCUCCUAAAUUAAAACUAACUGAAUUGCCUUUGGGAAUAAAACAAGAGAUCCGAUUAAGAGCCGGUGAACCAUUACAUAUGCCUAUUCCAAUAACUGGUGCUCCUACACCUACAAUAACAUGGUUCAAAGACAAUAAACCAUUGCCAACUCGUUGUCAACUGCAAAAUUCUGAAGAACAUACUUGUUUAGAUGUACCCAAAUCAAUACGUGAUGAUUCGGGUCUCUAUAAAAUUCAUUUAGCUAAUGAAUAUGGUCAAGAUGAAGCAGUUGUUAAAGUUAUUGUAAUGGAUAAACCUUCACCACCAAUCAAUGUAGAAGCAAUCGAUGUAUAUGCUGAAUCAUGUAAACUUAUUUGGAAACCACCAGUGGAUGAUGGGGGUACACCGAUAACAGAUUAUCUAGUUGAACGAUGUGAUGAAACUGGCAUUUGGGAACGUGUAUCCGGACUAGUUACAGAUAAUUCAAUAAAUGUCAAGAAUCUGAUUAAAGGGAAAUCUUACCGUUUUCGUGUAUCUGCUGUAAAUAUGAUAGGAAAUAGUGAACCAGGGGAGACAAAAACUGCGAUACUUGCCAAAAAUCCUUAUGAUCCUCCUGUGAAAUUAUCUUGGAAACCCCCAGCAGACGAUGGAGGUAACCCAAUCAAAGGUUACCUAAUUGAAAAACGAUUACCUCGGGGUGAAUGGCGUAAGGCGACAGGAUCACUUGUCCCUGGCACAGAAGCAACAGUUACUGGAAUAGAAGAGGGUCAAACCUACGAGUUUCGUGUCAGUGCUGUUAACGAUGCUGGACCUGGUAAACCUUCUAAAGCAACUGAACCACAUCUGGUCAGGGAUCCAGUUUAUCCACCUGGACCACCUGAAGGGUUGAAUGUGGAAAAGGCUAAUAAAAAUGGUGUCAAACUUUCUUGGAACAAACCACGACGUGAUGGUAAUGCACCAGUCACUGGUUAUGUAGUAGAAAAGAAAGGGGAUGAUGAUCAAUGGAUUCCUGUUCAGAAUACAACUAAUCCAUGCGCAUUUGUCCCGAUGAAAGAAGGAGAAACAGGGCAAUUUAGAGUUCGAGCAGUCAAUUCAGAAGGACCAGGAGAGCCAACAAAACCGACAGCUGUAAUCACUGCUGUAGAUCCACCUGAACCUCCAAGAAUAUGUACACCUGAAGAGGGAGUUGGAGGUCCUGGCUCUGGAGUAGGUGGGCUGAAAGAUAUUACGCUCAAGGCUGGUCAAGAGUUGUUAUUAGCUGCGGCUUGGUUUGGAAGUCCUAAACCAAAUCCUACAUGGACACUAAAUGAGAAAGUUGUCAAACCAGAUGGCAAACUUAUCCAAAUCUCAGAUGAACCUCCACCACCACCUGCCAACCCUGGUCCUGGCGGAGCAUCAGAACAAUCUUCCGGUGGAACAGCUGUUCUUCGAAUUCCAAAGGCACGUCGAAGUGAUGGCGGUAACUAUGAAUUGAUCCUAACGAAUGAUCUUGGACAAGUCAAGACAUCUUGUCAUGUUGAAGUUCUAGACGUCCCUGGACCUCCAGAAGGGCCUUUAGAAGCAAUUGAUGUGAAUGCUGAAGAAAUUACACUUAAAUGGAAACCUCCAUUAGAUGAUGGGGGACAACCAAUUUCAAAUUAUAUUCUUGAAAAACGAGUUAAAGGAAGUGAUAAUUGGCAGAAAGUUAGUGCUUUCUUGAAUUCACCAAAUGCAACUGUUAAAAAUUUAGAAGUUGGACAAGAUGAACCACUUUUAACAACUAAAGCUAUUAAAGCAAGACACCCUUAUGAUCCACCUUCAGGUAUGAAGAAACCUAUCAUCGAAACUACAACUGAUGACUCGGUAACUUUAUCUUGGGAACCACCAAUGAAAGGUUCCAGAGAAUGGACAAAAGCGAAUACAGGCAAUGUAACAGGUACUGAGUACACUGUGAAAGGUUUACCGAAAGGAAAAGAAUUUGAAUUUCGUAUUGUACCAUACAAUUUGGCUGGUAAUGGUGAACCAAGUGAACCAACAGAACUAAUCAAAGUUCAAUUCCCAAUAACUCCACCAAAAAUAGGACGUAAUGUACCACGUGAAGUGACUGGACGUGUUGGAGAACCAUUUAAAAUUCAUGUACCUUUUACUGGAAGUCCACCAGAUAAAGUGGAAGUGACUAAGAAUGGAAUCCCUGUAUCACUUGAAGGUGGUCGUUUCAAAGUGGAAAUCACUCCUGACGAAGUUAUCAUUACGGAUAAAGAAGCAGAGAAAAAUGAUGGAGGCUUGUAUAAAAUUGAUUUGGAAAAUGAGAAAGGUCGUGAUUCAGCUCCUGUCAAUGUAAAAGUUGUAGGACCACCUGAACCACCUCAAGGACCAUUGGAAAUUAGUCACAUCAAAAAUAAUUCAUGUUCAUUAAGUUGGAAUCCGCCAACAGAUAAUGGUGGAAGUCCAAUAACAAAUUAUAUUGUUGAAAAACAAAAUACUAAAACCGGUGAUUGGAGUGUCGUCAACUCAUUUGUUCGCACACCGAACUGCGAUGUAACUGGCUUGGAUGAAGGUAAUAUGUACCGAUUUCGUGUACGUGCAGCUAAUGAAAUCGGUGUAAGUGAACCUCUAGAUGCGGACAGAGCAAUAGUUGCAGAAAAUCCCUCAACUGUACCUGGAGCUCCUGGAAAUCUUACACCAGCAGAUGUGGAUGCUAAUAAAGUGACAUUAGAAUGGACUAAACCUAAAUCAGAUGGAGGACGUCGUAUUAUAGGCUAUGUAGUUGAAUAUAAACCUGUAAAUUCGGAUGAAUGGCGUUCAGCUCCAGAAGGAUUAGUCAAGGGUAAUUCUACAACUGUCGAUGGACUUAAGAAAGGAGAAAAAUAUCUAUUUCGAGUUUGUGCUAAAAAUGAGGUUGGACUUAGUGAACCGUGUACAGCUAACAGACCAGUUGAAUGCAAGCCUAAAUUCACCACAGCUGAUAGUCCUGGUACACCUACUGUUGAAGAUGUUGGGAAGAACUUUGUCGACUUAACCUGGUCUAAACCAAUGAAAGAUGGAGGUGCUCGUAUCACUGGUUAUUUAGUAGAGAAACGGAAAAAGUUUGCUACUGACUGGGAACCCGCUACACCAGAUGGAAAGCCUGUUAUGAAUAAUAAUGCUCAUAUUGAUGGCCUUGAUGACAAUGCUGAGUAUGAAUUCCGUGUGAGUGCUGUAAACGCCGCAGGAAUCGGUGAACCGAGUCAACCUACAGAAUUAACCAAAAUAUGUCCAAAAAGAGAUAAGCCACAACCACCAUCAGACGUUGAAGCUAAAGAUAUAUAUGCUGAUAGUUGUGUAUUAACCUGGAGCCCACCUGAAUCAGACGGCGGAUGUCCAAUCAUCGACUAUAUCGUUGAAAAGUGUGAUGCAACCACUGAAGUAUGGGAACGUGUUCCAGCUGUAGUCACUAGUACAAGCUGUCCAAUCAAAGGUUUAGUUGAAGGUAAACGUUAUCGUUUCCGUGUAUCUGCUGUGAAUGCUAUGGGACCAAGUGAACCAGCAGAGACGAAUACAGCAAUUACAGCUAAAAACCCAUUUGAUGCACCGGAUGCACCAGAAAAUGUAAAGGUUGAAUCAUUUGACAGUCAUGGAGUUACAUUAGCAUGGAAACCACCAGAAAAUGAUGGAGGAAAUCCAAUUCAUGGUUACUUGAUUGAAAAACGCACACCAAACGGAGAAUGGAAACCAGCCACAACAGGAUUAGUGCAUGGAAAGGAGGCCGAAUUAACAGGUUUAGAAAAAGGACAAACUUAUGAAUUUCGUGUUAGUGCAGUAAAUGACGCUGGAGCUGGACGUCCAUCUAAAGCGACACUGCCUCAAGUUAUAAAAGAUCCAACAUACCCACCUAGUGCACCAGAUUCAAUUAAUGUGGAUAAAGUUAAUAAAAUGGUAAGCACCGAGAUAUGUACCCCUGAUGAUUGUGUUGGUGGUUUAGGCAGUGGAGUUGGAGGCCUCAAGGAUGUUAAGCUAAAGGCUGGUCAAGACUUAAAGCUUCCUGUUGCUUGGUUUGGUCAUCCGAAGCCAAGAUUUAAUUGGAGUCAAAACGAUAAACCUAUACAAAUUGAUGGUAAACGAAUAACUGAAACAAAUGAAGCCCUACCACCACCUGCAAAUCCUGGACCUGGAGGAGUUCUUGAAAUGUCUCCAGGAGGUACAGUAGUUUUGUCAGUUGGAAAAGUCCGUCGUGCAGAUAAAGGACAAUAUCAGUUGACAAUUGUCAAUGAACAAGGUCAAGCAACUACUUCUUGCCAAGUAGAAGUAAUUGACGUACCAAGUCCACCAGGUGGACCACUUGAAGCAACAGACGUGAAAGCAGAUGAAAUAACUUUGAGAUGGAAAGCACCUGAAGAUGAUGGUGGUGAACCAAUAACUAACUAUGUGCUACAAAAGAGACGUAAAGGUUCAGAUAAUUGGGAAAAGGUCAGUGGAUUCUUAAAUUCACCGAAUGCAACUGUUAGAAAUUUAGAAGAGGGCACAGAAUAUGAAUUCCGUGUAAUGGCUGAAAAUGCAAUGGGUCAAAGUGAACCUUUAAUAACAACCCAACCGAUUAAAGCUAAACAUCCAUUUGAUCCUCCAUCCGGUAUGCAAAAGCCAACUGUUGAAGAUACAAGUGAUGAUUCAGUUACCUUAGCCUGGGAACCUCCACGUAAAGGUCCUGUUACAGGAUAUAUUGUAGAAAAAAGAGCUAAAGGAGAUAAAAACUGGUCUAAAGCCAAUGCAGCUCCAAUAUCCGGUACAGGUUAUACUGUUAAAAAUUUACCGAAAGGAAAAGAAUUUGAAUUUCGUGUCAUUCCAGUCAAUGCAGCUGGUCAAGGUGAACCAAGUGAACCGACUAAAUUUAUUAAAGUACAGAAACCCAUUACUAUUCCAAAGAUAACUGUUGAUGCACCAAAAGAAAUAAAUGCUCGUUUAGGUGAACCAUUUAAAAUUCGAAUUCCAUUUACUGGUGGACCACCAGAAGAAGUCGAGUUGAUUAAAGAUGGCAAGCCUGUCCCAUUAGAUACAAAUCGUUUUAAACUUGAAGUGACACCAAAUGAAGUUAUUAUCACAGAUACAAAAGCGGAAAAAGAAGAUGCUGGACAGUAUAAAGUUGCUUUGAAAAAUGAAAAAGGUGAAGCCAGUCAUCCACUCACCGUGAAAGUACUAAGUCCACCUGAUACUCCUGAAGGUCCUUUGGAAGUUAGUGAUAUCAAAGGUGAUUCGUGCAAAUUAACAUGGAAUCCUCCAAAGAAUAAUGGAGGCAGUCCGAUAACAAAUUAUAUUGUGGAAAAACUGGAACCGAGAACUGGAGAAUGGUUGCCUGUUAGUAAAUUUGUCCGAACUCCAGAAUAUGAAGUUACUGGUUUAGAACCAGGAAACAAUUAUAGAUUUCGUGUACGAGCUGAAAAUGAACUUGGAACAAGUGAACCUUUAGAAACAAGCCGUUCAAUACUGGCUGAAGAACCAAGUACUGUACCAGAUGCGCCAAAUAAUUUGACCGUGGCUGAUGUAGAUGCUAAUAAAGUUACACUGGAAUGGUCUAAGCCGCGUAAUGAUGGUGGUAAACGCGUAAACGGUUAUGUAAUUGAAUAUAAACCACUCAAUUCAACAGAAUGGGAACAAGCUGCUAUUGUAAAAGAUUUAACUGCUACUGUCGAUGGGUUGAAAAAGGGUGAAAAAUAUAUGUUCCGUGUUUCUGCUAGAAAUGAAGUAGGUGUGAGUCAACCAUGCUCAGUCAAUCGUGCAGUGGAAUGUAAACCGAAACAUACUACAGCCGAUAGCCCAGGACGACCAAAUGUAGAUGAUGUAGGAAAGAAUUCAAUCGAUUUAUCCUGGUCACGUCCAGCUAAAGAUGGUGGUGCUAAGGUGACAGGGUAUAUUGUUGAAAAACGGAAAAAGAAUUCACCAGAUUGGGAACCUGCUGUAUCAGGAAAUACACCUGUUACUGGUACACAAGCCCAUAUCGAUGAUUUAGAUGAGAAUGGUGAAUAUGAAUUCCGUAUCAAACCAGUAAAUGCAGCUGGAGUUGGUGAACCAAGUGAACCUACUCCGAUGACUAAAAUUAGACCAAAAAGAGAUAAACCAAAUCCACCUGAAGACGUUGAAGUCACUGAUCUUUCAGCAGAUAGCUGUAAACUAAGCUGGAAACCUCCAGCUAAAGAUGGAGGCGCCCCGAUUACUGAUUAUAUCGUUGAAAAAUGUGACGCAACAACUGGAAUCUGGGAGAAAGUUCCUGCUUUAAUUGUGGGAACAUCAUGUCCUAUUAAAGGUUUAGUUGAAGGGAAACGUUACCGCUUUCGAGUAUCAGCUGUUAAUCCAUUAGGUCAAAGUGAACCUACUGAAUUAUUAAAUGCUGUAACGGCUAAAAAUCCUUUCGAUGCACCAGAUUCACCUGAUAAUUUAAAUAUGGAUUCAUUUGAUAAACAUUCUGUGGAUCUCUCAUGGACUCCACCAAAACAUGACGGUGGAAAUCCUAUUAAAGGAUAUCUUGUUGAAAAGCGUACACCUAAAGGUGAAUGGAAACAAGCAACAAAUGGAUUGGUAACAAAUCCUUCAGCUCACUUAACAGGUCUUGAACCAGGUGAAACUUACGAAUUCCGUGUAAGUGCCGUGAAUGACGCUGGUCCAGGGCGCCCAUCAAGGGCCACAGCACCUCAUGUUAUGAAAGAUCCAAGUUAUCCUGCUGCAGCACCAGAGUCAUUAAAUGUGGAUAAAGUUAAUAAAAAUGGUGUAAAAUUAUCAUGGCAAAAACCACGUAAAGAUGGUGGAAGUAAAAUCACUGGAUAUCAAGUGGAAAAGAAAGAUGAAAAUGGUAAUUGGGUACCUGUGAAACAGACUACAGAACCAUGUGCAUUUAUCCCAAUGAAGGAGGGUGAGACUGCACAAUUUCGUGUACGUGCAGUGAACGAUGAGGGUCCAGGUGAACCGACUCGACCUACUGCACCUGUGACAGCUGUUGAUCAACCAGAAGCACCGAGAAUAUGUACCCCUGAUGAUUGUGUUGGUGGUUUAGGCAGUGGAGUUGGUGGUUUGAAAGAUAUUAGUAUAAAGGCUGGACAGGAAUUAAAAUUACCAGUGGCUUGGUUUGGUCAUCCAAAACCUACAUUUAAUUGGACAUUAAAUGGUGAACCAGUGAAGAUUGAUGGAGUUCGUGUUACCCAAAAAGACGAGCCUUUACCACCUCCCUCUCAUCCUGGACCUGGAGGACAUUUGGAACUUUCACCUGGUGGUGUUGUCUUACUCGUUAUUCCUAAAGUGAAACGAUCUGAUCAUGGAAGAUAUCAAUUGACAGUAAUGAAUGACUUGGGUCAAGCAAGUACUUCAUGUCAGGUAGAAGUUAUGGAUGCUCCAUCUGCACCUGGAGGACCUCUUGAAGCAACUGAUAUCAGUGCAAAUGAAAUAACCUUGAGCUGGAAGCCUCCUACAGAUGAUGGUGGACAGCCUAUUACUAAUUACAGACUUGAGAAACGUCCGAAAGGUUCAGAUAGCUGGCAGACAGUUAGUGGAUUCUUAAAAUCACCGAAUGCAACAGUCAGAAAUCUUGAAGAAGGUACAGAAUAUGAAUUUAGAGUUAUGGCUGAAAAUCCAUUAGGACUUAGUGAACCACUCAUGACCAGUUCACCAAUAAAAGCAAGGCAUCCAUUUGAUCCACCUUCUGGAAUGUCACAGCCAACAGUUGAGAAUGUUACAGAUGAUUCAGUGACAUUAUCGUGGGAGCCACCUAGAAAAGGUCCAAUUACUGGUUAUACAAUAGAAAAGCGUGGAAAAGGAGAUCGUGCUUGGACUAAGGUAAAUGUACAUCCAUUGUCAACAAAUGAAUAUACCAUAAGAGGUUUACCACAGAGUAAAGAAUUUGAGUUUCGGGUUGUUCCAUUCAAUGCUGCUGGUGCAGGUGAACCUAGUGAACCGACAGGUUACGUUAAAAUUCAAAAGCCCAAAGCUGCUCCUAAAAUCAGUCCUGACGCACCUAAACAAGUAAAUGUUACGAAAGGUGAACCGUUUAAAAUUCGUAUUCCGUACACUGGAAGUCCACCAGAUGUUGUGGAAGCUACCAAAGAUGGUGUACCAGUUAUUUUAGAUGAUGGUCGAUUCGUCGUAACUAUUACACCUGACGAAGUGAUUAUCGUUGGGAAGAAAGGAGAUAAACAAGAUGAAGGGCCAUAUAAGAUUACAUUAAAAAAUGAUAAAGGUCAAGAUACUUUACCAAUUAAGAUUAAUGUUCUUGGACCACCAGAUAGUCCACAAGGACCACUUGAAGUUAAAAAUAUCAAGUCAGAUUCAUGUACACUUGGUUGGAAACCACCGAAGGAAACUGGUGGUUGUCCAAUAACUCAUUAUGUAGUUGAGAAACAAGAUCAAAGUACUGGUGAAUGGACACCAGUUAGUAAAUUUGUACGUGGUACAGAAUACGAUGUACUUGGUUUAGAUGAAGGCAAGAAACAUAAAUUUCGUGUUCGAGCUGCAAAUGAAUUUGGUCUUAGUGAACCACUUGAACUAGAUCAUACAAUUACAACAGAGAAUCCAUCAACUGAACCUGGAGCACCAGGCAAUGUUGAAGUAGCCGAUGUUGAUUCAAAUUCAGUUACAUUAGAAUGGUCAAAGCCAAGAUCCGAUGGUGGUAGUAAAAUAAACGGCUAUGUAAUUGAGUUUAGACCAGUAAAUGGUGGAAGUUGGGAGAAAGCGCCAACAGGACCUAUUAGAGGAAAUAGUGGAACAGUUACUGGUCUUUCCCCCGGUGAAAAAUAUGUAUUUCGUAUUCUUGCUAAAAAUGAUGUUGGCACUAGUGAACCAAGUUCAUCAACACGUCCUAUUGAAUGUAAACCAAAAUAUGUACUAGCAGGUAGCCCUAGUGAACCUAACGUUGAUGGAGUUGGCAAGAAUUGGAUUGAUUUAUCAUGGUCAAGGCCAAACAACGAUGGUGGUGCUAGAAUUACUGGAUAUAUUGUUGAAAAGCGCAAAAAAGACUCUCCAGAUUGGGAGGUAGCGACAUCAGACGGUAAACCUAUCAGCAGUAACUACGUACGUCUUGAUAAUCUUAACGAAGGAGAUAUGUAUCAAUUCCGUGUCAAAGCAGUUACUGCAGCUGGACCAGGUGAACCAAGUAAUCCGACUCCCAUUAUUAGAAUUGAAGAUAAGAAACCUACCGCAACACCUGAUUUUGUCACGAAAAUUCGUCCUACAACUGCACCUAUCGGAGGCACAGCUGGAUUCGAAGUACAAGUUGAUGGUCAACCACUUCCUUCUGUACGCUGGUUUAGAGAUGGUAUAGAACUUUUACCAGGUAACCAUAUUAAGAUCAAUCCACCUGGUCCUGAUGGAAAAGCGAGCAUUGAAAUACAUGAUCUUGACGAAAAAGACAGUGGGACAAUAACUUGUCAAGUAUCAAAUCCUUCUGGUAAAAACUCAUGUUCAGCUCCAUUUGAAGUAUUGGCAAUACCCAAGAUACUGGGUAAUAUUGAUGAUAAAGUGGCUUCAGAAGGCGAUCUUGUUAAACUUAAAGUUCCUUACUCUGGUCGAGGAUCUAUCACGUUGAAAUUAAAGUGUAAUGGUCAUGAAUUACCGGAAUCUAGUCGAGUUAAAUUGAUGGAUUUAGAUGGAACAGCAUCUAUUCAACUAAAAGAUGUAACAAGAAAUAUGAGCGGAUACUAUACUUUAGAAAUUGGAAAUGAAAGUGGUUUCAGUUCAGUACCAUUCAAUUUAAAAGUAACAUCUCCUCCAGGAGAAUGUCAAGGCCCAAUUACUGUUACGGAUACAACACCUUUCAGUACGCGAUUGUCAUGGAAACCUCCAAAGGAUGACGGGGGAUCUAAAAUUACUCACUAUGUUAUCGAGCGUCAAGAGGUUGGUAAAGAUCGCUGGAUCCCUGUAUCAUCUGGUAGUAAGGAACCAAAUUGUGAAGUACAAGGUCUUCAGGAAAAUACACAUUAUCUGUUCCGUGUGGCUGCUGUCAAUGAUUGUGGUCAAGGUGAUUGGUUCCAAGUGCCUAAUGAAGUAAUUGCCAAGUAUCCGUUUGACAAACCUGGAAAACCAGAUGAUUUAACUGCUAACGAAGUUGGUGGAGAUUUUGUUAAUCUUGCAUGGACUAGACCUUCCACAGAUGGUGGUGGUCGUAUACGUGGUUAUAUUGUAGAAAAACGUGAAGUUGGUGCACAGAACUGGUCGCGUGUCACUCCAAAUCCUAUACUUACACUCAGUUACAAUGUCCCGAAUUUGAUUGAGGAUAAAACCUAUGAGUUUCGUGUUAUGGCUGUCAAUGAUGCCGGCGAAAGCGAACCAACUAUGAUAGAUCGACCCGUGUGUGUUAAAGAUCCUAAAGCUGUUUCACGACCGACGUUCAUCAGUGGUCUUAAACCACAGAUUGUAAAUGAAGGUAGAGAUGCUGUAUUUGAAAUUGAAGUCGACUGUUCAUCGAAUUACGAUGUAGUAUGGUCAAAAGGUCCUCGAGAUCUCGUUGAGUCCCAUCGUAUUGAAAUGACUAAAGAAGGACACUUCCAUUAUUUAACGGUUCGUAACUGUGGCCUUGAAGAUGCUGAUGAGUAUAGCAUCAAAGUUUCAAAUCGAGGUGGUUCCAAAGUCAGCCGAGCACCACUGUCUGUCAAAUCUAAACCUCAAAUACAUUUACCAAGCCGUUGGCAAGAGCCUACAGAAUGGGAACGUGGUGAUUCUAUUGUAAUCAAAGUACCAUAUACAGGAUUCCCUAAACCGAAAGCUAAAUGGACAUUAAAUGGUAAGGAUAUAAAGGAAGGGAAAAAUGUUAAUACUCUGCUGAAAGAUCGUCACGCUAUAAUCACCUUGGAGAAUGUGGGCGAAGAAUUCUCGGGCAAAUUAAAUAUAACAUUAGAAAAUGAAAUGGGAUCAGAUUCAGCAAAUAUUGAAUUACGAAUAAACGAUAGACCACCACCACCAAUCAAUUUAAAAGUAGAAGGUGUAGCUGAUGGAUCAGCACUUUUAUCUUGGAGUAUGCCUGAAGGGACUGGGUAUAUUUCUCAGUAUAUCAUUGAGCGAUGUGAAAUGCCUGGUGAUACUUGGAUUAGAGCAGGUACUAAUCGUUUCUCAACGUAUAAUUGUGAAGGACUUGUCAAUGGUAAAGAAUAUCGAUUUCGUGUAAUUGCAGAAAAUCUGCAUGGUCGAAGUGAUCCAUGUCAACCUACUGAAAGUCACUUAAUUGCUGCAGAUACUCGUCAGCGUGGUUCUCGUCGAGGACGCGAAGAAGGUCGUAGUGAUUAUACUGGACCUCCAAUUGAAAACUAUGAUAGAUUUCAUCGAAAUAUUUGGGACAAGCAAAUACCACUGCCAACUCAAGUUCAUAAAGGUGAAAGUGUCUAUGACUAUUAUGACAUCAUGGAAGAACUUGGGAUUGGAACAUUUGGUGCCGUUCAUCGAUGUCAAGAGAAGACUACGGGUAAUUCGUAUGCGUGUAAAUUUGUGAACACUGAUACACCACAAGAUAAACAUGUUGUUUUAAAUGAAGUUGAAGUGAUGAAAGAAUUACAUCAUCCAAAAUUACUCAACCUUCACGAAGUAUUCGAUGAUAAGAAUGAUGUAGCGAUGGUUAUGGAACUACUUACUGGCGGUGAACUACUUGACCGAUUAGCAGAUGAAAAUUCUACAAUGUCUGAAGCUGAUGCUAUUAAUUAUAUUCGACAAGUAUGCGAAGGUAUACAACAUAUGCAUGAUGCAAAUAUCAUACAUCUGGACAUAAAGCCGGAAGAUUUAAUGUUUGAAACAUCGAAAUCAAAAAAUCUAAAAAUUGUAGAUUUCAGUUUAUCAAGGAAAUUAGAUCCUAAAACACCAGUUAAAGUUAGUUUAUCACAUCCAGAAUUUGCUGCACCAGAAAUUACACGAUCUGAACCAGUUGGAUUUUAUACAGAUAUGUGGGCGAUUGGAGUUUUGACUUAUAUGAUUUUGAGCGGUUUCUCACCCUUUGCUGGAAAUACUCCAGCUGAAACAAUAGAGAAAAUUGGAAGAGGUCAAUUUACAUUCGAUCAUGAUGCAUUCAAUGGAAUUUCGGCUAAUGGUAAAGAUUUCAUUAGUAAAUUGUUACAAAAACAACCAAACCAGCGUAUGACUAUCUAUGAAGCCUUAAAACAUCCCUGGCUUAAUGAAGCAAUCACGGACGAACAGCGUCGACGUAUUCCACCUUCACGUUAUAAAGAAUGUCAAAGACAAAUGCACGAAAGAAUGGGUGAUAUAUAUCAAAGAAGCCCGGCUAUUGGUCAUUUGGCAAAUUAUUCAUCAAUACGUCAAAAUAGACGAGAUAAAUAUCAAAUACAAGAAACAAAUUUCGAUCGUAAAGAGGCUGGUCCACGUUUUGUAAAAUGGCCUAGUAAUCAAUUGGUGAUGGAAGGUGAAAAUGCACAAUUUAAUUGUCGUGUUAUGGCACUUUCUGAGCCCGUCGUCACAUGGCAUUUUGGUGACGUUCAAUUAUCUCAAAGUGUAAAACAUAUGCAACGCUAUGCUGGGCACGAUUAUUCCCUAAAAAUAAAUAGGGUACGUACGGAGGAUGCAGGACAUUAUACUGUUCGUGCUGAAAACAGUUUUGGAAAACGUGAAUUCCCUGUCUUACUAACAGUACAACCACUACAAGAAAUUAAAAUUGAACCGUUGCCACCAACAUCACGUAAAAAGAUUGAACCAGCGCCCGUCGAAAUGUUCCAUGAAGAAGAGACAGCACCGCGUUUCGCUUUCCAUCUACGAAACCGUUAUAUACAAGAAGGUGGAAGUGUGAAACUGACAUGCUCUGUCGAUGGUUGUCCUACUCCAGUAAUCACAUGGUUUAAAAAUGGUAAAGAAUUAAGAAAAGGUGAUGGGAAUUAUGAAAUUCAACAGAUGCUUGGUAUCACGUCACUUGAAAUAUAUUCCUGUUCAGAAAAUGACUCUGGACGAUAUUCCUGUCGUGCAGUCAAUAGUCAUGGUGAACAUGAAACUGAAUGUAAAGUUAUCGUUGAAGCGAGCCGUGUUAAACGAUUUCUCAGUGCUCAACAUGCUGACCGAAAAAUACGUUCAAGUAGUCAACAACCUACUGGUUUUGAAUCAAGAAAUGAAAAUUCUUCAUGGCGUGAUGAUAAAAGAACUUUGACUCGUCUUACUGAAAGACAUGCAUCAGAAGUACGUGAAAUUAAUGAAACACGUGAUAAAUGGUCAAAUAAUGAAAUCAGAGGAUUACGUGACUUAGUGGAACAUAGACCUUCCAAUGGUGAAAUCCAACCUAUUCGAGUUGCUGCACCUAAAUUGUCAAAAGGGUUAAAACCCAUUACACAAGUUGAAUUAGGCAAAAGUUUCAAAUUGGAAGCAAGAUUUGAACCAACAAAUCCUCCAACUAAAAUUCGCUGGAGUUUUAAUAAUCAAGAAAUCACUUCAGACGGUAAUAUAAAGAUCACAACAUCUGAAGAUGGUGAAUUCAGUUAUCUUGAAGUGUUUGAUUCUAGUUUUUCAAAUGCAGGUGAUUAUGAAGCUAAAGCUGGGACAACUAUUACUCGAACCAGUGUCAAAAUUGAAGCCCCAGCUAAUUCAUUGAAUGGAAUGAUAGAUGAAAAUGAUGACGAACUGUCAGAUGAAUUUUCUAGUCAAGCUGUUGAACAAGUAAUAAAUCAUAAUGAUGAAGAAAUCAUACCUAAAGCUGUUGGAUUAGCGCCAUUAUUCACUGUCCAUCCAAUAAGCCAAACUGUCAAAGAAGGAGAUACGGUUUGUUUAGAGUGCACUGUAUCAGGAGAUCCCAUUCCAGAAGCUGAGUGGUAUUAUAAUGAUGGUCCUAUUCAAGCUGGACAUAUAUUUUCUCAAGAUAACGAAAUCAUAAAGCUUGAAUUACAAGCUCUGUUACCCGAAGACACUGGUACUUACGAAUGUCGCGUCACAAGUUCAAUGGGAAAAGCAUCAACUGUUGCCUUCCUUGUUGUCGAACCUGCAAAUGAAGUGCCGAAAGGACCUAAUUUCCUUACUUUCCCACAAUCACGUAGUGCUGAAGAAAAUGAAUCUGUUACUUUGAAAUGUUCCUUUAGUAAUUCACCAGUUGAAGAAGUUUUUUGGUUUCGCAACGAUACUCCGUUGGAUCCUAAUUAUUGUGAUUUUGAUAAAUCUGCUCAAACCAGCAUAUGCAUCCUUCCAUCGGUGAAAGCAUCAAAAGAUUCUGGAAUUUAUUCAGUAAAAAUCAAAGAUAUUAAUGGUAACUCAUUUGUAUGUAAAUUUUGCCUACAAGUCAUACCAUCUUUAUUGGUGAAUGAUAAUAAUUCAGUUAAAGUAAUUUAAAAUUACAUAUUUUGUACAGGAAAACUAACUUAUCCUAUUGUUAUCAUGAUAAAUGGCUUCAAAAUUGUAAUAGACCAUAUACUAACUAACAUUUCAGAAUAAAUUUAUGAUCUAAAAAGAAAACAUUAUGUUCCCAUAUUCAAGCACAUUAUCACACACAAUCUAUGAACUAUUAUCAUUCAUUGAUUUAUACAUUUUUUUUCUCUCUCAAAACACUAGUAAUUCAUAGAAACCUUUUAUUCUCCUCCCCUCCCCCUUGAUUAUACUAAUAAGAAAUGCUUUGUCCCAUUUUGAAUAAAAUUCAUACAACAACAUAGAAACAAACAAAUCAAUAAAAAUCUCCGGAAAUAAUUGUGUAAAUGAUACAAUCAUUAGAGGAAUAUUAUUUUUCAAGUAGAAAAAACAACCAACAGAAAGAAUAUCCCAAAUCAGUUUUGUUUUUCUUAAAAGAAAAAAGAAGGAAAGAUUUCAUUUUCUUUUAGUUCAUGUUAUUAUUUUGCUAGUCAUUUCAAUGUGUAUACAUACUUGUAUGUAUAAGAUGAGAUCAUAUUCACUAAAUAAAGAAAUAAAGAAAAAAUGAUACGUUAUGAAUGUUAUAGAAAGUCAAUCACUGACUGUUCACUUGUGUAUUUUGUGACUUAAAACAACAACAACGAAAAAAACUAUUACUAAAACUUUUCAUUUUCAACGCUUUACUUUCUCCCAUUUCGUUUUUUUGUCUGUUUUUGUUUUUAACUUUCCAAAGUACUAUAGAUGUUUUUUUGUUGUUGUUGCCAAACAUGGAAGGAUUAUCUAAUAUAAUACAUGUGUAUACUAUUAUCUUUUAUUUAUCAUGAUAACUAUUAAUGUGAUUAAAUAUUUCAACAUUUAUCUUGCCUUUCUCUGUCGUCCUUUUGUUGUUGUGUUUCUAGACAAAAUUCUUUGAUGCUUUCUCCCUUUGUGUUUUUGUUUUCUUUCAAUUUAUUCACUUAGUCUCAUUCCCAUGAAUAUUUCUUUAUUGGAAAUAAAAAGAAAUCUGUUCCUUUCCUUGCCUAACCGGAUGCUUUAUUAUACUCAUAUUUUCUUUAAAUAUUUAAAAGAAAUUUUGUGAUUAUAUACAAAGAAAACGACUAUACAAAACUUUAUUAUAAUAUAAAACAAUUCUAUCAGUUAUUGGUUAGUUAGUUUGUUGUUUCCAAGUUGUAUGUACGUAAUCAUAAAACAUACAUUUCCUCAUUUAUUCAUUUAACUCUUUUUAAAAUAAUAUUUUCUUUUUCUAUCUUAUAUAUUUGUCUUCUAUUAACAACGUAAUUGUUGAAAAAAAUAGUUGCUAACCUCUCUAUUUGAAUCAUUUAUCAUUAUUAUUGUUGUUCUGUUAUGACUUCUUUCGAAUUUAAUGAGUAGUUAUGAAAUAGGCUAUAGUGUAAGUAAAAACUUACCAAAACGGUUGAUAAGAUCUUAUGAUUUCCAAAAAAGAAAACACAACAAGAACGACGACAACAACAACAACCAACUAUUCUGCUUUAUUACAAAUAAGAAUAAUCUAAAUGAACAAUGAUUAAUGUUAUCAUCUAAAAUUAUUUCAAUUCCCCUUGAAAUUUUUCUUAAUUUAUCACUAGUCUAUUCGCAUGUUUAUUUACUUAUACAAAGUAAAAUCUUUUCUCAAUUCUAAAUCUUUUCUUUGUUCUUUGAUAUAUUACGCAAGUAACUAAAUGGUAUUAAUCAUAAUGAUGAUAAUACUGAUUAUUCUUAUUAUUCUGUUAUCCAUUACUUGAUGAUGAUAAAUAAUAAUAAUCUCACUCAUUAUAUGUGCUAUUUUUUAGCCAUUGAAACAAGAAGUUAAAUUGAUUUUACGUGAUCUGUAUCCUGUUUUUACAUGAUUUUUUCUCUUCCUUUUGUUGUCGUACUUUUUCUCAUUGUUAAGUCCUUUUUUUCUUCUUUAUUGCCUAUUUGUUUCUUUCAACAGAACUGAAAAAAACUUUUCUUCUACCUGACCCUAUAUUAAAUGAUAAUUAUUUACUGACACAAAUUAUGUUCGAUCUGAGAGAAAAAAAGAAUCUGUCUUAAAAAAAUAAAGUUUAAAAAAUUAUUUUCUGUUUUAAAACAUGAAAUAAUUUAAGGGCUUACUAGUAUUGCUUUAAGUAAUCUUUGGUACUGAACAUGUUUUAUCAAGUUGAUUAGCUGUUUGAUCUGAAUUCCGUUACAGAGUGAAAAAGAUUUCAAUCAGCAGGAAGCUCUGAACUUAGAUUUUGAGCUUAUCGUUGUUUGUAAAUAUGACAUAUUUGUAUUCUUGAAGUAACACGUACUUUCUGUACAAUUUGGGCCUACUUUACCAAGUGUCACAGUCGGAAAUACUACUACUGUUCUGUUCGAGUCAGAAUUGACUUAAUGUACAGUUGAAGUAUCUUGCAGUGGUCGGUCACCGAUUAGUAACCAAUAUCAUAUUUAUUUGUUCAUUAGUACUGGUUGAACUCGAUAGAUCAAAUUACGAUAUGGCCACUAGAUUACAGACACAUUUCGCUGACGUGUACUAACUAGCAUUAAGUUUAGAUAUGUGUUUUGGUUACUCACAAACUUCCAAUAUCAAAUAUACUGCAUCCAAUAUUGAUUCAGUUAGACCAGCGACCACCUCGUAACUUGAUCAAUACAAUUCGAUCAACAUUCGAAACUGGUCUAGGACGAAACUAAUUAUUAUUCAACAAUUGAUUGGUGCAAUGUUUAAUUACUUUUCAGUAAACACACGAGAAUUGUACUAGUUAAUUCCAACUUUAAUUAGGAAGACAAGCGACAAUGACGGUUCUGAUAUGAUGGAAAGAAAAGCCAAUUUUCGAUUGAUCUACUCAUAAUGAGUUUUGUUUAAGAUUACUUCCAUUCUGAUUCAAUGUGAUCAUUCAGUGUAGUAUUGGAUUUGUUUUCUCGUAUGAUAUUUUAUUCUGUAUAAUAUACGAUGUUCUUGUAUUCAGUUGACAUGAACU